AUGUUGAUGCCGUCAGCACUUUCGUGCGACUCGUCGCACCCGCCUGUUACUAGGCUUCAAUCUGCUCUUUUCGCGUCGCCGCCUGCUAGUCCCCCAACGAGCGCGCACAAUAGCACUCUCGGAAACAUUUUCCAGUCAUGCCGCGCGCUCCAAUCUAUGCUUACAGUACCCGCGACAAUUCCCUCAAAUGACAACAUCGAUGCGCGUCGGGAUCCGCUACCUACACCGCCAAUGGCCCACACCGCUCUUCCUCCUCUAAAACUACGUCUGCGAUCGCGCAAAACAGACACCAAUGGGGAAGUUCUCCCUAGGAAGAGAGUUGUAAAGCGAUCAGCAGCACCACCUCGCGGCGUCAAUAAAAGACGCCGCGCCGUCGAGGAUGACAUGGGUCGUGAUGAGGACAUGGACAGCGACCUAGAAAUAAGUGGUUCGGAGAACGAAGAAUCAAGCGCCAGACCUAGUACGCCAAAACGCGCUCGCCUCGCGCCGGAAGUAAUACCACUGGGUCUAGGGCGGAGAGACUUUCACAAUUUACAAUCUACUAGAGACAAAGAGAGUAUGGUAGAAGGCACAGAAGUAGAAGUAGAAGCAGACGGCGAGCGGUGGAGCAAAGAAGACGACCGGAUAUUGGUCGAGCUUGUCCUGGAGAAGCUCAAACUCUCCAAGACGGAUUGGCAGGACUGCGCGCGGAGUCUGGGCAAAGACCGGGGUAGCAUCGGGCGGAGGUGGAGGAGUUUGAUGAUCAAUGGGGAUGUCGGGCUCAAGUCGUCGAGGAGUCGGCGAAGCAAACUACACAGCACCUGGAGGUGA